AUUGUAGCUGACUUGGUGUUUGCUCGUCGCUAAUGACCACCUCUCCUUCGAUAUUCCACACUCAUGUCAUAUAGCGCACUUAGCAAACAUGUCUGCUCGGUCGUUGCGUGUCGAGAUCACGCCCUGAACAGCGCCAUGGCAAAGCCCUGAAAGGCACAGAUGCGGAAAUUCGGACUCAUCAAUCAUAACCAGUACUAUUACUAUGGACAUUCCAGACAGCCGAUAGCAGCGGCGCUGCUGAAAGCUACACAAAUGUCUCGGCAUACAAUGGAAGAUGAUAGCACCAUGCCACUGGUCGCACGAAACUUGCCACAGGCGUUUCCAGGUUUCGAUUCAGACUAUGUCCGUGAAGUCUCCGAAGGACGCCGUGCAUUGAGCACACCUUUACUUAUGACGACCGGCACCGGCUACAGCAUAUACAAGUCACUGAUCAUACCUUCAAUGAUAGCCGCAAACAGAGAGGUAAUCCUUGUGACCUGCUUCUGGGCACCCUCAGUCACCCGUGAUGCCAUCAAUCAGGCGCUCAAGGAGCUGUCAGCAAAGGCUAUGGCGACCGGCACGAGAAUAUCUGUACAGAUAUGUUUCUCAUCAUCCUCUCUUGCGCAGAACAUGCUGUUGCCUACACCCAAGAACGGACAGCGAUACCCACCGACAGCUUGGAGCAAGCUUGGUCUUCCCGAGCAGGAAGCGAUUCCAGGCCUAGAACUACGGGUCGUUCGCAAAUUCUUCUGGCCUUUUGGCAUGAUACACUCCAAAUAUGUCAUCGUUGAUCGAAAAUUGGCCAUCUUUCCGUCCUGCAAUGUCUCCUGGGAGCGAUGGUACGAGGUAGCGGUCUCUAUCAAAGGUCCUGUCGUCGACCAUCUGCUUUCGUUUCACAGAGACUUCUGGAGUAAUGAGCACAUAACUCCAGUCAGCGACUCUCACACCGAAGACAGCAUUCCAGAUAUCGCAUUCGAUCCCGGAAAUGCAGAUGGAUCCAUUCACUAUCCUGCACGGUUAGACUCCGAUGUGGUACAGACGACACUUUUGCCAUCGCCGCAUAGUCCGAGUCUACUCCCUGGGUAUCUUCGGCCCCGCGCGGUCAUAAGUCAUUGCCCAUGUGCGCCUGCGGCUCCUUCCAGCUUCUCCCGAACACCUUUACUGACAAUAACAUAUCACCUCUUGUCUACAGCAAGGUCUAGCAUUACAAUGCUCACGCCCAAUGUGACUGAGCCAGUUGUCCUAGACUUGCUAUGGGGAGCUCUUGAAAGGGGAGUCGAUGUUUGCCUAUGGACCAAUCGUAAUCUCAUGACCACAGAGCAACUGGUCACAGCAGGCACUACUACGCCAAGGUGCAUUCAGACCUUGAAAAGCCAGUCACAGAACCUCAGGGGGAGGUUCGAAGUCUUCUAUUUUGAUGACGGACCAGGAGCGCGGACAGUCUCGGGGGAUGAGGCUGAAGUUACGCCGAUCAAGCUACAUGCAAAGGUGACCAUUGUAGACGGCGAGAGGAUGUUGAUAGGAAGCGGAAAUAUGGACGUUGCGAGCUGGAGGACCAGUCAAGAGCUUGGGGUCCUUCUUGAGAGCAUGGAAGGGGUUGAAAAGUUCGGCAAACAGUGGAAAUAUUCAGACCUUCUGAACGACACAGAUUGACAAUCACAUCCACGUACUGCGCUGGCGGCUUUCAGCAUAUUCCAGAGCACGGAGCGUUGUGAGAACUCGAUGAUAUUAGGUAUACCUAUUAGGUGCCCUUCACCCUUAGAGUAACUUUUUCUUAAGCGUACCUAUUAGGGUGCCCGUCUACGCCUAACGCGAUACCUAAAUAAUUUUAUACGGGGGGUGCCCGUCCACGCCUAACGCGAUACUUAAAUAAUUUUAUGCGGGAGGUGCCCGUCCACGCCUAACGCGAUACCUAAAUAAUUUUAUACGAGUGGUACCCGUUUACGCCUAACGUAAUACUUAAAUAAUUUCGUACGGG